GUUCAUCCACCUUUCAGUACAAGUUGCAUGGCCCGUUCACGAUGACUACCCAACAAAUUCAGCCAAAACGUGGAAUUGUGAAACAAAUCCUUUCCGGAGACUCAGUCAUAAUUAGAGGACCCACCGGGGCGCCUCCUCCCGAAAAACAAAUCAAUUUUUCCGGAAUCAUCGCCCCUAAGUUGGCCCGAAGAGCUGGGGAUCAAUCCGAACCAACGAAAGAUGAGGCGUGGGCCUGGGAAGCGCGCGAGUUUCUGCGUAAGAAACUCAUUGGAGAAGAGGUGUUUUUCACCUCCGAGAAGCCACCGAACACGAAUCGGGAGUACGGCACUGUCUACUUGGGCAAAGAUUUCAACACUGCCGAGAAUAUCACCGAAUCUUUAGUUACCGAGGGUCUUGUAACAGUGCGUCGCGAGGGGGUUCGUCAGACUCCCGAAGGUACACGACUGGCCGAACUCGAAGAUGCAGCGAAGGCGGCUGGUAAAGGUAAAUGGGGUAGCAGUCCGUCUUCUGAACACGUCCGCGACAUCAAAUGGUCUGUUGAAAAUAUGCGCUCUUUUGUUGAUAAACUUGGCUACAAGCCAGUCAAGGCUAUCAUCGAACACGUGCGUGAUGGAUCCACUGUGAGGGCGUUCCUUCUUCCAGAUUUUUAUCACAUCACGCUCAUGAUUUCAGGAAUUAGGUGUCCUGGUUUUAAACUGGACGCCAAUGGAAAACCUGACAUGAGCAUCAAAGUGCCCUAUGCUGAAGAGGCUCGCUAUUUUGUGGAAAUUCGUCUCUUGCAGAGAGAAGUUGACAUCGUUUUGGAGUCUGUUAAUAACAACAAUUUUGUGGGUACUAUCAUUCAUCCAAAGGGAAAUAUUGCUGAGGCCUUAUUGAAAGAGGGCUUUGCUCACUGCGUUGAUUGGUCUAUUGCCUUCAUGAAAUCAGGGGUUGAGGGAUUAAGAGCUGCCGAAAAGAAGGCAAAAGGGGCGCGUUUGCGAAUUUGGAAGGAUUGGCAAUCGAAUGCUCCUCAGGUCACCGGGAAAGAAAAAGAUUUUACAGCUACAGUUGCCGAAGUUAUUAAUGGAGACGCACUCUCUGUUAAGCUUAACAACGGGCAAUCUAAGAAGAUCUUCCUCUCGAGCAUUAGGCCGCCAAAGGAGCCUGGCCGUGUUGCCGAUGAAGAUGGUAAGACCGCUCCAAGACCUAAAGGAUUCCGUCCAUUGUACGAUAUUCCGUGGAUGUUCGAAGCCAGAGAGUACUUACGCAAAAAACUGAUCGGUAAAAAAGUGCACGUCGUCAUCGACUACAUCCAAGAAGCCAGAGACGGGUACCCCGAGAAAGUUUGUGCGACUGUUUCAAUCGGCGGAAAGAACGUUGCCGAAGCUCUCGUAUCAAAAGGUCUAGCCAGCGUCGUAAAAUACAGACCAGAUGAUGAUCAGCGCAGUUCUCGUUACGACGAACUAUUAACCGCUGAAAGCAAGGCCAUAAAAUCGCAAGUGGGAAUCCACAAUAAAAAAGAGGUUCCCGCACAUAGGGUGACCGAAAUAGACGCCGCUCGAGCCAAACUCGAACUGUCUUCCUUCCAACGUGCGCAGAAAAUCGAUGCCGUUGUGGAAUUCGUUGCAAGUGGCACCAGGUUGAGACUGUUUAUACCGAAGUCAAACAGUUUGUGUACCUUCUUAUUGGGAGGCAUAAACUGUCCCCGUGCUUCCCGUCAAGCAACCAAUGCACUAGCAGCCGUAGAAGGGGAGCCUUUCGGCGACGAGGCUUUGCAAUUUACAAAGGAACGUUGCCUUCAGAGAGAAGUUUCGAUUCAGGUAGACACCCAUGACAAAGCAGGCAACUUCAUCGGAUGGCUUUGGGUAGAUAACGUCAACUUAUCCGUCGCUCUCGUCAAGGAAGGAUUCGCUUCAGUACACCGCACCGGAGAAAAAUCACAGUAUGCUACCUUCCUCAAAGAAGCCGAAGACAGUGCCAAACAGCAAAGAUUGCGAAUGUGGGAGAACUACGAAGAGGAAAAGGAAGAACAACAACCAGAGGAAGAGAAGACCACCGUUGAACGGAAAGUCAGCUACGAAGAAGUGGUGGUAACCGAGGUAACUCCCGAGGGCUCUUUCUUCGUCCAAACAAUCGCCGAAGGUCCGAAGGCGGAGGCGUUGAACGCGAAACUCCGCCAAGAAUUCCAAGCCAACCCGCCUCUUCCCGGCGCCUACACGCCGAAACGCGGCGACGUGUGCGCCGCCAAGUACACCGUCGACGACGAGUGGUACAGGGUGAAGGUCGAGAAAGUGCAAGGUGGCAAGGCGACCGUGCACUACUUCGACUACGGCAACCGCGAAACUCUUCCAACCACCCGCCUCGCCACUCUGCCAGCGGCGUACGUCGGAGAGAAGCCGUACGCCACUGAAUACGUCCUGCCUUACGUCAGCCUGCCUAAAGACGACGAGUUCUCGGCGAUGGCCAUCAAGUAUCUCCGCGAGGACACGGCCGUGAGCAAGUUGCUCCUGAACGUGGAAUACCGAGUACAAGGAACUCCGCCCGCCGCAUCUCUGCACGUCGACAGCACUUCAGAAGGGGAUAUCGUCAUGAAUCUGAUCACUGAAGGACUGCUUCUGGUGGAAAAUCGAAAAGAACGAAGACAGAACAAACUGCUUGCUUCGUACAGAGAGGCGCAAGAAGUGGCGAAAAGGAACCAUUCCAACAUGUGGGAAUAUGGUGACAUCACUGAGGAUGACGCUAAAGAGUUCGGCUUGGGAAAAUGAGGGACCAUUAUCAGAGCAACAUUAACCUACAUUACAUUUUAAACAUAGCAGUGGGUUACAAAACUUGUCUAGUAGACUUUCCAUUUAACUAGUAGAUAGAUGCCAAUAUAGGAUAUAUUUUUAUCCAGCACUAUUAUAUACAGAAGUUGAUGUGUAUGUUUAUUUUAUAUGAUUUUGUAUAUUAUGGAAAUUAUGAAUGGAAUAUUGUGGCCUUUACAUGUUUUACACUUUAUUCAAUUUUAUAUUGUACUGUUUUAUGACGCAUCAAUUUAUUUUUUAUAUAUAGAUUUCUGGUUGUGACAAUUUUAGAUAUACACCGUUUUGUUGUAUAUGUUCGGCUAAUCUAUCACAUAUAUUUCCUAUUAUGUAUAUUUUGUUUCCUGUUAAUUAAUGUCUUUAUUUCAAAUUUAUGUUAUUUAUAAGUAAACAGAUGUAAUAUCAUUAAAUGAAGCGGUUCCACUAAGUAUAGCGCAACUUGAUUGGAUCAAGUUUUGAGUGCAUCUGGUCAUGACACACAGACUGGGUAUAUUAAUUAUGUACGUACUGUAAAACAACUUUUUACUUCAAUUUGAAGGCGUGGAUGUAACUAAUGUAGGGAGUGGCUCUGUGUAAAUUAAAUAAAACAUUAUUGUUAAA